GUUACUCUUGUGCUAGUGUGUAAUGCAUGGAGGCCCAGCUGAUCGUAGCAGUGAUCUCUGGACACUAACAUUGAAGGCUGUAUAUUUCGAAAGUGUUUGUAACCGGUCGUUUCAAAAAUCUGAACUUGUGAAUGACAGCUUCUAAGCGAAGGAAGCACCUCAGGUCCAGAAGACCAGCAUAGGGAGGAGUCCACAUGCUCUCCACUGGGUUCAAGCAUGAUGCUGAGUGGAAACGUCCCUGGCAAGCCACUGAAACCCAGAACCAUGAAUUUAACUCAACUGUUAAAUUUCAAGGCUUCCAUCAUCCUAGAGAGUUGGGAGUGCAGAUAACGGACUGAAAAAGCUGUACACUUUGUUGCACCACGAAGUAUGGCAAAGGGAGAUGGAGGGAGAGGUGGUGGUGGUGUCGGUUGCGGAAUCCACCUCACGCGAGAAGAUUACUAUACCUCUCCACCUUUCCAUCAACUCAAGAAUUACACCGAAUGUGGAAUUUAUACUGUUGAGAAAUUAACCAUUGGCAGAAAUGGAUUUGGAAGCAUCACAUUUGACAGCCCAAUCAAUAUAAAGGACUUGAACUUCGAUGACAUAGUGCAUAUUAAUCAUAAGGAGGUAAUAGUAUAUCCCAAUGAGGAGCAGAAACCUCCUGCUGGACACGGUCUGAACUGUGCAGCAGAAGUAAGGCUGGAAAAGGUGUGGCCGUUUGAUAGCUGUGUGUCUAAAUACAUAACUGAUCCUCGGGCUCUUGAAGAAAUUUGCUUCGUUGAAAAACUGAAAGAAACUAACCACAAAUGUUCCACAAAGUUUAUUAACUAUAUACCUGAAAGUGGAACAUGGAUAUUUAAGGUAGAACACUUCUCAAAAUAUGGACUGUCUGACACAGAUGACGAAGGAGAUGAAAAAGGAGAUAAAAAGGAUCACACAGUAAAACAUGGGAAAGAGAAACCACAAAAACAACUAAUACAUGCCGAGCAGUCAGCUGUUGAUCUUAGUCUGAAGAGUGCUGAAGAAUUCUCGCCAUUGGGAGUUAACGAAUUUGAUAGCUUUAGUGGAUUUAAUGAAAGUAGUGGAUUUAAUGGAGUCAGUGGACUUAGUGAAAUUGCUGGAAUUGAUGGUAUUGAAAUUGCUGGAAUUGAUGGCAUCAAUGGAAUCGAAAUUGAUGGAAUCAGGAUUGAUGGAAUUGGAAUUGAUAGUAUUGAUGGAAUGGAUGCAGUUAAUAUAGUAACUGGCAUUAACAGUUCAUUACAGACAAAUGCAGUGUCUCCAGAAAAUGAAUUCACUCAGGGGAGAUUGCAGUUCAUUGGUAACCAAGAUGAAGAUGAUGUAGUAAUGAAGGAAGCUUAUCCAACGCCCGCUGAUAUCGUCUCUCACAUAACAGACACGUGGCUGAAGCCCUUCUGUCUUGAAAAGGGUUUGGAUGUUUCAGAAGAGAAAAUUAUGUCCAUGAAGCGUGCAUUUUUCCCAGAAGACAAGGAAUCUGGUGGUCGUGGUCGUGGUCGUAGUCGUGGCGGUGGUGGUGGUGGCGGCGGCGGCAGCAUCGUCAGCAUCAGCGGUGGUGGUGUUGGCGGCAAUGUUGGUGUUGGUGUAGGUGUUGAUGUUGAUGAUGAAGAUGAUGAAGAAGACGAUGAAGAAGAAGAUGACGAUGAUGAUGAUGAUGACGAUGAUGAUGUUGGAUAUUAUGAUGAUGAUGACGAUGAUGAUGAUGAUGAUGAUGAUGAUGUGUAUGUGUCUAUGUCUGAUGAAGUUCCUUCUUUCAUGAAGAAUGUUGGAACCCAACUGAAUCUUAAAAGUCCACUAGCAGGGCAGGAGCUUGUUCGCAGCACAAGACCAUUACAUGUUUUUCCCAAAUAUAAUCUUCACCUGGAAGAUGAAUACUCGGGAAAGAAAAUCCGAACAAGCAAGACAAAAACACAGCUGGCACAAUUUGAAGAGCGUCCUCGUCCAAAAGGAACUAUUAAGCAAAGACCACCCUUGCCAAGUGUAACUGGACUUAUAAGAACAGCAACAAUCUUUCCUGAAAUAAAAGUUCAGGGAAGCAAUAUGUUUGAAACCAGUGCCUACAAGUACCCAAACCAAAUUGUUCCACUUCAUGAAACUUCUACUAACAAAGUCAAAUCACGAAGCCUGAGAGAUAUUGAUCUUUACAAGGGACAUGGCUUUCGUGUUGGGUGGGGUCCAGGUGGUGUGCUUCUAAUUUUAACUACACAGAAGUCUGCAUCUACUGUAGCUUUAGAAGCUGAAUUACAGGACCUGGAUAAAUACUUGAAAGGCAGGUCUGAUGAUGACAACUCUAAACAGAUAGUGCAGAGAAUUUGCUUGAGGGGGGGAAGAAAGUUGGCAAAAGAAGAAAGUCGCAUUUCAUAUGAAAAUGAGUUAAGGGAAUAUUGGGGAAAACAUUUAAAAGUGAUGCUGAAAUGCAGUGAAUUCUAUAAAGACCAAAAGAUACCAGGCAUCAGACCCAUUCCAGGAAGUUCAUCUGUCACUUUGCAUGGUAGCCUGAGAUCGAAAGAUGAUUCUCAGGAAAGAGAAUAUCCUUACAAUGUGUGGAAUCUGUGUGAUGCACUUUGGGGUGAGCUACCGGAAUAUGUGUCACCAACUAAUUCACAUCAUAAUCUCAUGCAGCGGAAGCAGUAUUUGGGUGACUGGCUGACAUUUGUUUAUCAGAACACUUUGUUGAAGCAGCAUGAUGGAAAACUGUAUUCUCCAAAAUCUGGAAAUGACUGUUAUUUAGAGGACAUUUGGAAUCUGGUAACUGGAAACAUGAUAGAGGAAGCGUGUAAUUUGGCAAGGGAAAAUGGUGAUCUGUUCAUGAUUACAUUGCUGACGCAGUUAUCGUCAGGUCAGUUUGUUAAUCACCUUAUGAGGGAGCAGGUAACAGCAUGGAUCAAUGUUGGUGCUGAUGGACUUGUUAAGAGGGACAGACUGAAGUUGUUUUUGCUUAUCUGUGGAUUACCUUUGUUCAAUGCAAAUGAUGAAACAGUUAAUGUAUGUGAACGCCUAGACUGGAAGAGGACACUAGGACUGCACCUCUGGUACUUAACAUCCAGUAUCCAGACAAUCAAAGAUGCAUUCACUGCAUAUCAAAAGGCAUUUAAUCCGAAGGAUUUUGGUAAUCUUUAUGCAAAAGCUCCAUUACCGCCUUACUGUGAAGAGGGCUAUAUAUAUGACUCGGAGGAGAAACUACCGACACUAGAUCUCUGUUACCACCUUAUCCAUUUGUAUUGUGAUCGCUUCUAUUCUAUGGCAAAAAUGUUUGAUCCAGUUACACACACACUGGAUGUAUUGGACUACAGCCUUAGCUGGAUGGUGUACAUAUCUCUCCAUGCAAUUGGUUAUCAACACGCAUCUGAAUAUGGAGCAGCACAUGUUCAUUCAUCUUUUGCUGCUCAACUUGAGUCGUAUGGAAUGUGGGAGUGGGCUGUAUUUGUACUGCUUCAUAUCCCUGACAAUAAAAGGCGCCAAAUGGCAGUCCUACGUAUGCUGGAAAGAAACUUGUGCAGUGUUGGGGAUAAAGAUUAUAAGAAGAAGGAAUAUUUUGUGAAACGAAAGCUGAAAAUACCUGCUAGUUGGAUAUAUGAGAUAAAAGCUCACAAAUCUCUUGGUCAAGCAAAGUAUCAUUUUGCUGCCUGUUUCUUAAAUAAAGCAGGACAGUUCAACUUUGCCCACAAAAUUCUGAUGAAACAUUUGGCUCCAGAGUAUGUAGUGAAUGAAAAGUAUAAAGAACUUCUUAAGCUGUUGAAACCUCUAGCCAUUGAAUGUAAGAAGGAAAACACUCUUUUUAAUUGGGAGAAGGGUGGAUAUGUUAUUUGGUUGUACCUCGAAGUGAUGACAAAAAUUAACCUCAUGCUGAAGCAUCCAGAAUAUGUUGAUGGUUAUAAACUACAGAAAGUGCAGUUGGAUGCCAUUAGCCUCUGUAGACUGCUUCCAGAGUUCAUAGUCAAUACAGAGAUGGACAGGUUAUGCAGAAUUGACAUCUGUGAUCGACUUUUUGAUUUGGUCGGUGAAUUCGUAAGAUUGCAGAGGAAUGAUCAAAUGAGCUGUCGCAUCCUUCUGUAUAUGACUACAAAAUUGCCUGUGCCAGAUAAUUUUAAAGUACGAGAAAGAAGGAACUUCAUCGAGAACUGGCCUGCAGACUUCGCAAACUCUAGAUUUUUCACAUGAGAAUCAGCAUGAAUUUUAAUAACUUUCAUGUGACUGUAAAACCAUGGUACAUUUUUCUGAAAUUAAAAAAAAAAAAAAAACAGUUUUGUUUUGUUGUUGUUGUUGUGCAACCUCCUUCAGUACGUACAGGAAAUGUUUAAGAGAUUUAUUAUGUGAUUUAUAAUCAGGAUUUUUUUUAAUUUAUGAUCUAUAACAUGUUACGUGUGUGUGUGUGUGUGUGUGUGUGUGUGUGUGUGUGUGUGUGUGUGUGUUACACACCGGAAUAGCAGUUUUUGAAAUGAUGUCACUCUUCAAUACUUAUCUGAGUUUAUAUAUUCUAUACUUUUUGAGAAAUAAGUAUUAAUUAACAGUGAAGUGAAAUAUUUAUAACUUUGGUUUAAUAUAAAUAUUUUCUCAAAGUUCAGUUAGGAAACCCUCAUAAACUAAACAUUCUUUUUUGUACUUGAACUAAGUCGCAUUAGCACUUGGGCUUUUAACAUACAAUAAACAGUUUGUAGUAUUAGCUCCAUUAAUCAAGGAAAUCAUUGCUAAUUUUAUGCCCCAAAACUGAAAAUAUGGUUUUAUUAAUGAUCGUGUAUACUGAUAUCUUAAAGGACAUUAUUGGUGAAAGUUUUGAAUUUUUUGUGCCUUUAACGUGCCUUUUUGAAGAUCUAUACUUGUAACAGUUUUAGCUUACUUUUGUGAUAUGAAAUUGUCAGUAUGUUAGUUUGAAGUUUCCACAAAAAUGUAUUCAAUAUUUCUGUAGUGUUUAUGUGUUGAGUAAUGUUCUUGUUAUGUGUUUAAUAAUUAUUUCAAGAGGUCCCAUCCUGUGCAAGAUGACAAUUAAAAAUACUGAGUCUUCUGUAA